GUACUUCCGACGAAGUUAUGGCGUCCCCGCCAUGGACACGAUGGACCCCACACGACAGCCUGCGGUCGGGUCCUCGUCGACAGCACGGCGCGACAGAGCCACUGUUUUGUCGACAGUGGCAUUCUAUGCCACUAAGGGCAGUGCUGGGGGGUUGGACGAGCCGGGAGCCCGGAUUGCAGGCAGACCCUCUGCACCUUGUAUGGGGACACRAUCCAUCGGGAGUGUCAACGGUGCUCGCCACACCGCCAUGUCAGAGUAUGAGGACCGACAUGGGAGCGCCUUGCCGACGAAGACCUCUGAUGUCCAUGCUAUGAGGGCCACRAAGGCGAGUCUUUCUCGAGAAAGGAAGAAGGCUUCGGAAAGGAAGGCGUCACGCUCGUCACCACAUAUGCGAUCCCACAUUGGGCGAUUCGGUGUUGCGCCUCUCGAGGACGGAGAGAUUGCAUAUGAUGGCGGUGCGUUGGAUGUUGGAGAGAGGCCUGCGGGGGCGGACAGCAUCUGCAAGGAGGGUGCAGGCACUACAGGCACUGUAGGACAUGCAGUGGCAGGUCAGAAGAGACGUGGCAGUGUACUUAUCAUCCACGACGACAGCACGCAUGUCGCCCGGGAGAGACCACAGGCACUGAUGAUGCGGGGGACUCUGAUUACGUGCCUGAACCUCGGAGGGCGGACGGAGAUAUUGGAGGAGGGCGACGAGUGAGACCGAGGACACGACUCGGGCCAUCCGGCCAGGUACUGCAAGGCACAACAUCGGUGACGAUUCUUGCCCCCAUUGAUCA